AUGGAUUCCUUUGAAUCAAACGAAAAUCACCAAAUCGCCAGCAACGGCAACACUCGCUCAAACGCCAACGAUCACGGCUGGCAAAAAGUCACUUACCCGAAGCGCCAGCGAAAGCAGAAAUCCGCAGCAGAUUCCGCCGCCAAUAAUUCUCAUCCCGCCGCCAAUGACGGCAACAAGCCAAAUAAUGUUUUCCGUUCUCUCGAGCUUCAAUCCGAGGACCGACGCCGUAAAAUUCUCGAAGCUCAGACAGGUGCCGCAAAUGCCGCCGCUGUAGUUGAUACUCGAUCGAGAUCGAAGCACCACCACCGAUCUGAUGACGAUGAUGAUUAUGAUAGCGAUGAUGCUUUAGUUUCCAGAGAGAAUGCUAAGGCUGAGGAUAAGAAAGUGAAGCAGAAGAAGCCUAAAAAACCUAAGGUGACUGUAGCUGAAGCCGCCGCUAAAAUUGAUGCCGCCGAUCUUGCUGCCUUUCUCUCUGACAUAUCGGGGUCAUAUGAGGGGCAGCAGGAGAUACAGCUGAUGCGAUUCGCGGAUUAUUUUGGUAGGGCGUUUGCGGCAGUGAAUUCGUCUCAGUUUCCUUGGGUUAAGAUGUUCAGGGAGAGUACCGUUGCCAAGCUCGCCGAUAUUCCGCUGUCUCAUAUUUCUGAUGCUGUUUAUAAAACAUCGGCUGACUGGAUUAACCAACGCUCUGUUGCAGCACUUGGUUCGUUUAUAUUAUGGUCUUUAGACAGCAUUCUUGCAGACUUGGCAAGCCAGCAAGGUGGUUCUAAAGGUUCUAAAAAGGGUGUUCAGCAAGCCUCAUCGAAAUCUCAGGUCGCAAUGUUUGUGGUUCUGGCAAUAGUUUUGCGACGAAAACCUGAUGCUUUGGUUAAUGUAUUGCCAACACUUAGGGAAAGUUCAAAGUAUCAGGGACAGGACAAACUUGUGGUUAUUGUAUGGAUGAUAGCACAGGGAUCUCAUGGUGAUUUGGCAGUAGGAUUGUACUCUUGGGCACAUAACCUUCUGCCUAUAGUGAGUGGCAAAAGUUCUAAUCCACAGUCCAGGGAUAUGAUUUUGCAGCUAGUGGAGAAAAUUUUGUCUGCCCCAAAGGCUAGAUCAAUAUUGUUAAAUGGUGCUGUUAGAAAGGGGGAGCGCUUGAUGCCACCUUUUGCACUUGAAAUCCUGUUACGGGUUACCUUCCCUCCAUCUUCAGCUAGAGUAAAGGCUACUGAAAGGUUCGGAGCAAUCUAUCCCACCCUAAAAGAGGUGGCUCUUGCUGGCGCUUCUGGAAGCAAAGCAAUGAAACAAGUAGCACAGCAGAUACUGAGUUUUGCCCUACGGGCUGCUGGGGAAAGCAUUCCUGAGUUAUCUAAGGAAGCAGCUGGCAUUACAAUCUGGUGUUUGACCCAAAAUGCUGAUUGUUACAAGCAAUGGGAUAAGGUUUACCAGGAUAAUCUAGAAGCCAGUGUUGCUGUUCUUAAAAGACUCUUGGAGGAUUGGAAGGAGCUUUCGGUGAAAUUGGUUCCUCUCGAUCCUUUGAGGGAAACUAUCCAUAGCUUUAGACUGAAGAACGAGAAAGGAAUGGCACCUGAAGGUGAUGCUGCUCGCCAAGCACUCUUCAGUGAUGCAGACAAGUACAACAAGGCGCUAUCAGGAAAAUUGUCCCACGGCCAUGGUUGCCUUAAAGGUAUGGCCGUUGUUGUCAUUGCAUUGGCUGCUGGCGCUGCCAUCAUGUCAUCAAACAUGGAGUCCUGGGAUUGGAAGGAACUGCCUGUAUUUAUUAGCUCGCAAUUCUCUUUCUAA